AUGUGCAGAGGUGGAGACUCUUCUCCGUAUGGAGCUCAACGUCUCUCAAAAAAGCCGUCGACAUCGCUUACCAACGAAUGUGUGACCAAUGUUGAACCUGUUCUUCUCACUCAGAGGUGGACGGUACACUCAGUCCACAAAUGUUUAAGGGAUUCUUCAAUGCCUGAUGCUUGUUGGCAACUCUGCCUAUAUCCGGGCGGAAAAAGACCUGAAAACGCCAACAAUGUUUCACUUUUCUUAAAGAUGUCUGCCACAUCGCCAUUGAAAGAGGUUAUCGUUAAAGCCGAAUAUCGUUUCUUUUUCCUUGAUGAGGACGACGAGAUCAAAUUCAGUAAUGUUAAUAUUGGCGAUUUUCAUGCAAAGCCACCAAAAGGCGGACAUUCAUGGGGCUUACGCAACAUACCAAGACAAAAGGUCUGGUAA